UGUUUGUAUCAUUAGAAUCCGAAUUUGUUGCACAGUGUAACUAUCCAGUGGCCGGCCACCGAAGCUCUAAUCAUCAGCUCUUGUCGUAGCGCCAUUCCAAUCCGUUUUGUUCGGCUCGUUUCGUUCUAAUAUUGUUUUGCUUCUACUCGUACUCGUACUCGUACCUCGGAUCUAUCUAUCUUUCCAUCUAUCCAUCUUUUCUUUUUUGCCUCGGUUCACCUCUUUUGUUUGUGCGUCGAUUUAAGAUUUUUACUCGCACACACCUUUUGUUCGGUGUCUCUAUAAAAGUGUCGGCUCAUGCCACCACUGGCAUCAGUUCCAGUUCCCAGCUCACGGGAAGCACCCAACUACCAACCAUCUGUCAAAUCAUCAUGCACUCCUUUGUGGCCUGCACCGCUGUGUUGCUUGCCGUGACCUCUCUGGCCAUGGCCAGUCCUUUGGGCAGCUCGUACCUGCCACCCCAGGCCAAUGCCCACAGCACCUACAACACGGCCGCCUCCAGCUCCACCGGCCAUUACGCAGCCCCCGCGGCCACAUAUGCGACCCGAUCGCACGCGGCAGUGGCUCCGUCACGCCAGUAUCUGGCGCCAGCGGCCGUCUCCCACAGCAGCAGCUACUCUGCUCCGGCCGUUUCGCACAGUAGCUACUCGGCCCCGGCUGUUUCCCACAGCAGCAGCUACUCCGUUCCGGCCGCCAGCCACACUAGCUACUCCGCACCUGUGGCCGCUCCAUCUAGGCAGUACCUCGCCCCAGCCGCCUCCCACAGCAGUUACUCCGCUCCAGCCGCCUCCCACAGCAGCUACUCCAGUGCUGGCUCAUCCUACUCCGCUCCGGCGGUGUCCCACAGCAGCUACUCCGCCCCAGUUGCUUCCCACAGCAGCUACUCGGCGCCUGCUGCCUCCCAUACAAGCUACUCCGCUCCCGUGGCUGCCCCAUCCAGACAUUACUUGGCUCCAGCUGCGUCCCACAGCAGCUACUCCAGUGCUGGCUCGUCCUACUCCGCUCCGGCCGUGUCCCACAGAAGCUACUCCGCGCCAGCCGUCUCGCACGGAUACUCACACGGAUCGAGUGGGGGAUAUUCCGCCCCAGCAGCUGUCUCCCAUGUCAGCUACUCGGCACCGGCUCGCUAUGCAUCCCGCUCGGGCUAUGGAGCUGGAGGCCACUCCUCGUCCUUCUCGUCGGGCAGCAGCAGUUACGGACAUGGCCACUCCGGAGGCACUCGCUAUGCCUCCAACGGGGGCUAUGAAUACCGCCUGAAGCAUUAAACGGAUCUCAAAUUGUAUCAGUAGUACGGAUUCAAGAUACUAACCGAACGAUUAUAUCCAACUCCUUUUUUUUGUAUCAAUGGAAAUAAAGUGAUUGAUUUAA